AUGAAACGGAGGAUCACCUAUAUCCAGCGCGACAAUGCGCCAUUUGAGCCUCAGCAAGCUGUCCUAACCAGCAAAUCACUAUCCGUCCGCGACUUGGACGCCGCGCGGGAGGAUCGCAUCACGGUCGGGCUGAAUGAGCUCCCACAAGAGCUGCGCGCUAUUCUCGAGCAAUCCCAUGAGCUCCACCUCCGCUGGGCGUCCGAACAGCCAUACGAGGCCGUCGCGCCUUUCGCCAGCCGGGUGUCGCCCGGUCUGCAUGUGCAUUAUACUCCACUGAAUACUGAUACGUCUUCGGAGGCAUUGUGCUCGCUGCUCCGCACGAUCGUUGGACCUGCUGAGGGUGCUCAAUACAAGGAUUGUUCGAAGCCAGAGGAUUCGUUCAUUACACCCCCACUUCUCUCGACUAGAUUCGCUUCCUCGGCUUCCCUUCAAUACCACACUCGUCUUGAGUUGCUACAACCUCUUAACAAAUGGAUCCGAGACUCUGUCUGCGCCCAGGGCAAGGAUGCUUCUGAAUGUCAUGCUCGGGCUGAUUCGCUUCUUUCGGCGGACUCGGUGGAUAUUGACUACGAUAGCAUUUCACAUGCCUUGACUGUGUCAAGUCUAUGGACUAGCCCCCCCUCGGGCGGCUGGACAGAGCAGCUUGAUAAGCCAGUUUCUUCUGCUAAUCAGCUUGAAAUCGGUAUCUUGGGUGCUGAGCCGGGCCUUGAGCCUGAAGAGAUCAAGAUGGGGGGCCUUUUAGCUGUUGUUGGAGAAGACAAGAAGCUAAAACCAACCAUGUUCUCAUUCCCCUCCCGACACCAACCUCUACUGGAGCCCGCCACCUACACAGUCUCCUUCGCUUCGCCAACAGGUCUACAUCCAACAAUGUCCAUCUCCAUGCCCCGUUCAUCUUUGAGACGACCACCCGCUCCAAGCGACUCAACCUGCGCACUCCACACAUAUCUAACACUUCCCUCCACCAUCUUCGGAGAUCAAUACCAGCUCGGAACAACAGACAUUCUCUUCCUCGAGUCCCAUAACCUCGUCGCCCUUCGCGCCCUAUCAGGCGAGAUGGAUCUCGAAGCCCCAGACUGGGUCGUCGAUCGCUGGGGCUCAACCUGGCUCCUUGAGCUAGCAACUCCACUCGAGGACCCAUCCGACUCCUCAAACUGGACAGUCACAGUCCCUCUGCAUCUCCGAUACCUCCCACCCUCAGAAACAGGAUACCGCACCGCACACGUCCCUUGGCCAGUCGUGUUCUGGGCAUGUACCUCAGAAGAAGGAACGAAGAUGGGCGUGAACCCCUUCGACCGCACUAAUCUAGGCUGGGAUGGUCUUUUCGGUCCGCGCACCAUGUUCUACCAGCUUCAGCCUAACUCAGAGCACCUUUUAGAGGAUAUCGAGGUUCCAGUUCUUCGACUUGAAGAUGGGGGCUUAUUCCGAUCUAAGAAUAUCGAGCUGGGAACCUGUCUCGUUAUCACACUUGGCUUCUUUUGGGUAUUGUGGCGCCUUGCUCGGGUGGCUUGGUCGUCUGGUACUGCUUCGAAGCCUUCGAAGCCUUCGAAGCCUGUGCAUGAUAAGAAGGAAUGA